AUGCGCCGCAGCACCUUCCUCGAUUCCUUCCGGAACGUCCAACAUCUCAAUCUUACAAAGCCGAACCUACAAAUUUUGUAUCAGUCUAGGCGAAGAGCGGACGAAGACGACGAGUUGUUCUCCAGCGCUCAGUUCGAUGAUACGCGGGAGGUGGGCCGCAAACUUCAAGAAGAGCGAAUUCGUGCGUGGCAGUCCAUGCGGGCGUUCAUCGAGACCUACAAAAAGAGGGACUUUGGCCAGCUAUGGAUCGCCCUAUGCCGGGACGACGUCGAAGCGAAGAAUGCUAUACAAUCUUACUUCCGCGAUUAUGUGGAAAACUCACGGACAUCCCGCCUGAGCCUCGGGGAAGAAGAGUACGAGACUGUUCAGACGAUUACCACCACCAACACCGUAAUCGAACAUUGGAAGAAUCUCGUUGCGCACGCAGACAAUACGGUUCUUAGAGAAAAGAGGCGGGAAGACCCUGAUAAUUCUCGACUCUGGAAGUUGAGGUGGGAUCCAGGCAAGCAAACUGAUCGACCCGUGGCGGACAUUAGCAAUUACAUUCGAAAGAACCUUGCGGAGAAAUACGGUCUGAUACGAGAAUCCGAGCUUACUUUCAAGAAGGUCGAGACUACAUCCGAUGACCUCCUGGUGCUCCUCAAUACGCUCUGGACGCGGGCUGAGGACGUUCCUUGUCAACCCGAAUCCCGUGCCUCGCUUCACUUUACACUCAUCCUUGCGGGCUUUGGAUUCAGACCGGGUUCGCUAUUGAGGAUCUGCUAUAACGUUAAGGAUCUUCGCCUCUUUGUCGUCCGGGAUCCCCACCAUCUGGGUGAAAUGACGCUCGCUGCAACUAUCACGGUGGUUCACGACAAGCGUCACACAGCAGAUCCACGCUCGCAAAAGCCUGGUAUUGCGCACUCAACUUAUGGCAAGUCGCCGGCAACCGAGAUCCUCAGCGUUUAUAUUCCCUCCGUAUACCUCCCUCAACAUAUUCGAAAGGAGAUCAUGCCGAUUGUCUUCGACCCAGAAGCGGCAGGGACACAUGAGGAGCUCUACAAAAUGCUACGACGCGCGACCGCCAGGAGGGACGAGAACGCUCCACUCUACCCGACUGUUGAAGAUACGCAGCGCCUGGAGCGGCGUCGCGAUAUGCAAAGGCUGAAACGAGAGUACGAGACGGCACGGGACGAAAAAGGCGACCGCCACCCGGAUGCAAAACGAGCUUUUGCUGCGUAUGCAAAGCGCCGAAGUGACCUUCGCAAGCUCGUGGUAGAGCAUAGGCGAGUGGAGUACUUUAAGGAGGCAGAUAGGCGAAGGGCCCUUGGACAAUCGACCAGCGAUCUGUCAACGCCAACAGCGCUCUUGUCGAAGCCGCGUACCCGGACGGAAGUGGCAGACCGCGCCGCCACACGAAUCGGCCGUUUUCUCCGUGAGCAACAUCUAGGAGGAAAGCGGCGAGCCCAACACUUCUCCCAGCUACUUCUUGCUUACUUGGGAAACCGGUAUACCGAGGUGGAGGCCAUGAUCGACUCAUUGGAGGAGAGCAAGAGCUCUCAUGAUGCCGCUGAGCAAAUGCCGGUGCAAUACACAUGCCUCUUGUGUUGUGCUGUGUUUCCCUACCGCGGCAACUUGACAAGGCACAACCAGAACGACCAUUACAUGAAGAGGGCAUUCGACCGUCCUUUUCCAUGCCCCGAGUGCAACCGUUUGGGCAGAGAGAGGUACAUGGUGGAAGGGGUUGAGCAAUGGAGCAACCACGUAGAGCGGUGCCACGGCAUCAUGUUCGCGCCAUGCCUGCCAAGCAAAAGCUGCCUGGAGCAGGGACCAGUCAGAUCGGCCAAGCCAAAGCUUACGACAACGGAAUCUGCUCGUUGCCUGGUCUGUGAAAACAUGUUCUAUCCGGGCAGCAGCUUUUCGCGACAUUUCAACAAGGAGCACAAGGAUCUCUUUCGGGGGCCUUUUGCAUGCUUCGAGUGCCAUAGGCAAGACGGCAGUGUAAUUAUGAUCGAAAGCCGGGCAGCCUGGAUGGACCAUCUUGCGGAGGUGCAUGGGUUCGAUGGAUGGACGUUGGCCGAGCUCUCGGGGGAGCGGAAAGUGUUAGGCAAGAGGAAGAGGGAGGAGGAUUCCGACCAACCUGGUCAGAGCGGUACCACGGUAAAGAGAGAGACACCGUUGCCUGAUCUGCAAGGACAUUUAAGAGCCGAGAUGUUUGGAUGGCGCACGUGGCGCACGUGGCAGAGGUUAGACGUGAUGGAUUCGCACCAAACAUUAUACUACAAAGAGGCUCGAGAUUACUUCUGA